AUGGCUGUACAGCCGCCGCCCACGAACACCCACAGCGGGCCCAAAAGGGACCGGGAUCGGGACGACGAAGCCUCCUCUUCCUCCUCCUCCAGCCACGUCGCCCACACAUUGACGGCAUGCGCACGGUGUAGACAGCGCAAGACUCGCUGCGAUCCGGUCUUGCCCCGCUGUACGCCGUGUGAAAGGACAAACUCCACGUGUGAAUACUACGACGCCACCCGAGGACACARUGUCAAUCGCAACUACGUCGUAUGGCUGCAGCACGCAGUGCGAGACGCCGAAGAGGAGUUGGCGCGGACGGAGAAUGAUGAUGGAGGCGAGGACCAGGAAGGGAUGAUGCGGGCGGCAACGGUGCGCAUGCAGGAUGCAAAGGAGUCCAAGUUUCUCGGUCCGUCGAGUGGCAUUGCCAUAACGCGCCUCGUCAUGCAACUGGCCAAGCAGUUCACCGACGCUGCGAGUAUCAAGGAGAUUGUGCCCGAGCAGCGUGCCAUGCAGAUCAAACAGCUGUACCAUGAAGAACAGGACAAACCCACCUCCAAGGUCUAUCCGCUGAUUAGCAACGUCCCGGCCAAUGCUCUUCCCAGCCGGCCGUUGGUGGAGCAUCUACUCACCAUCUACAAACUGAAGGUGCAAUCCAUGUAUCCCGCUCUGUACGAGCCCGCACUGGAUCGGGACGUUGAUGCCGUCUUCAACACCCCGGACCACGCAUCAUCAUACCAGCACUUCGUCUGUAACAUGGUCAUCGCAAUCAGCAUGCAAAAGAUGGACGCCAACUAUGCCGGUCUGGCUGACAGCUACUACCUUGCUGCUCUCAAACGUCUCGAGCCGGUGGUGCGACCCAUGGAUUUGAAGACCUUGCAGUGCUUUGCGUUGAUGGCCRAGUACUCGCUGUUGACUCCAACCCGGACAGCCAUCUACUAUGUCGUAGGCAUUGCCGUUCGACUAGUGCAGGCGUUGGGCCUCCACGAGGAAAAGACCAUCACCCGAGGCUACGCAGAUGGCAAGGUGGACUUUUUGGAAAUAGACAUGCGGCGGAGGGUGUUUUGGUGCGUCAUGGUGAUGGAAUAUGGCCUUUCGCAUUCCCUUGGCCGUCCUGCGAUGCUCGCCACAGGUCUUGACCACCUGGACGUGGGCUGGUUUGAGACUUGCGAUGACAAGUACAUUACUCCGCAAGGAAUCGAUCCCACCGCUCCCAGAACCCUGAAAAAGUGGAUUGCAAUCCACUUUUUCAAGAUGCGUCUGCUGCAGCUCGAAAUCAGGCGGAAGCUGUAUCAACGGAAGCGACCGACUCCGAAAGACGACAGUGACCCGUGGUUUAUACGUAUGGACGCCAAGCUCUCCGCCUGGACAGAAGCAGCGCCGUCCCAGGAUGGAGGACAUGGACUGGACAAAACAUGGUUCAUUGGCCGCUACAACACCAUGAUUGUCUUCCUGUACAGACCAUCUCCGCAGGUGCCACGACCAUCGCUCCGCGCUGCCAUGAAAUGCUUCGAAGCGUGCCAAUUCAACAUUUACAUGCAACGCGAGCAGAUUCAACAAAGGAACGUCGACUUGACAUGGAUCUUCACGCAGUCACUGUUCAUGGCCAUCAACACCAUGCUCUGGUCACUGUCGUAUGUGGAGGUAAGGAGGAAGCAUGCGCGAGAAGAAGUCUCAGCCCACCUUGAUGUGGCAAUGGACUGUAUCCGGUUCGCAUCGGAGCGCUGGCCUGGUGUCUCCUCGGCUAUGCAACUAUACGCAAAAUUCAUCGGCGCGAUCAUGAAGAUCUACGAGAAAGAUGGCGAUGUCUCCAUAUCAGCGCUGUCACCUCCCGAUGAGACAUCCCCAAAUUCCCUCCUCCAGGAUGCACCUACCUGCUCUUGGGCAGCGAGUCCAGCUACUGCUAGCACAAAGUCAAUCACAACACCGCCCGAGCGGCAACUGCCGUUGAGACAUGCCAAUCAAACAUCUCGAAGAAGUAUCGAAGAGCUGCCACCAGUGCCAUACUCGCAUCGAGAUGACACCAAAUCCUCGCAGACGCCCUUCCGACCUAGUCAUUCCUCGUCACAUAGCAUGCAACACCGCAGUCCAGACUCCAUACCCACCAUGCAGACGCUCACUCAAGAGCAAUAUCAUCAGCAACAGCCGCUUACCGACAACAUUCAAUACAGCUCACUUCCGGCGUUUGUCCCAAACCCUGCGGUACCUGGCUGGACAGCGCCACAACAGCCGCAGAUGGGGUACACUUAUGCCGAACCCAUGCAGUCACAAAACCCCUAUGCCCAUCCGUACUUUGACCCAAAUAACGCUACUUACCCAUUCCCUGGUACUUCGGACAACAACGUAAUGAACCAGCUGCCUGACGCAUACACGCCUCAGUACUGGGAUAUGGAUACUGGGGACUUUGGCAAUGGCCUCGACGAAGUUCAAUGGGGAGAGUUGGCUCAGAAAAUGGAGACGGACGGAAUGGAGGAUAUUCAGAGUAUGAUAUCGGAUACCCUUGCUACUAUGACUCCGACGCGUCCUGCUCCUCCCUCGGCGCUGCCGUAUUGA